GCUUGAGGAGGCUGGAUGGAGAGUGGGGCCGAGUGGGGAUCUUGGCGGAGAGGAGGGCGGCGGCGGAAAAGGAGGCGGCUGGGCUGAGAGGAGCUCCGACGAAGCGGUCUUCAAGAUGAAUCUCGAAAAACUCAGCAAACCUGAACUACUGACACUCUUUAGCAUUCUUGAAGGGGAAUUAGAAGCCAGAGAUCUUGUCAUAGAAGCUUUAAAGGCUCAGCACAGAGAUACUUUCAUUGAAGAGCGUUAUGGAAAAUACAACAUUAGUGAUCCACUGUUGGCUCUUCAGAGGGAUUUUGAAGCAUUGAAAGAAGAAAAUUAUGGUGAAAAGCAACCUGUUUGUGCCAAUCCCUUGUCCAUCUUGAAGGUAGUGAUGAAACAUUGCAAGAAUAUGCAAGAGAAAAUGUUGUCACAACUGGCUGCUGCAGAGAGCAGGCACAGAAAGGUAAUUUUGGAUCUUGAAGAAGAGAGACAGCGACAUGCCCAAGAUACUGCAGAGGGAGAUGAUGUCACAUACAUGCUAGAAAAGGAGAGGGAGAGACUCACUCAACAGCUGGAAUUUGAAAAGUCCCAGGUGAAGAAGUUUGAGAGAGAGCAAAAAAAGAUGUCCAGCCAGUUAGAGGAGGAACGUGCACACCACAAGCAGCUUUCUUCCAUGCUUGUGUUGGAAUGUAAGAAAGCCACAGUCAAGGCUACAGAGGAGGGACAGAAGGUUGGGGAACUAAGCAUGAAGCUAGAGCAGGAAAGAAGCAAAGUGAGCCACUUGGAGGAGGAGCUAACAGCCAAAAAGAAGAGGGGCUUGCAAAUGGAGGCGCAAGUAGAGAAGCAGCUGUCUGAGUUUGACAUUGAACGAGAGCAAUUAAGGGCCAAAUUGAAUCGGGAAGAGAAUCGCACAAAAGCCCUGAAGGAAGAAGUAGAAAGUUUGAAGAAAACACUAAAAGAAUUAGAGGCUUCUUACAAACCUUCUAACAAUAAUGUUGAGCACACACCACCCAGUGUCUCAAUGGUAUCCAUAGCAAUUGCCACAGAGGGCUGUUCAGGCAGAUCAGUAGCUUGCCAGACAGGAGGUUCCCUGACUGAGAACACCAGCCAGGGAAAUACUGUCAGGCUGGCACACAUGUUAACAACCACCUGUGUCACAGCUCCCCAUCCUUAUGCCAGAACAAAUGGGCAUUGUGAUGCUGAUACGCAACCCAAUGUAGAGGCAGCUCACUCCAGUGUGGAGAACGUGCAGAAGGGUAAGCCUCUUGGGUCAGCUGUUGAGAGUACCAUAGAAAGUAGUGGCUCCCCAAUAAGAACAGAGUCACUUUCCCCUUCAGUCUCACCAUUUCCUUCCACUGGGAUAUCUUUGUCACCAAGCAACACAGCUUCAUCAUCUCUGACAUCUUCCCCAUGCUCCUCCCCAGUAAUGACAAAGCGUUUGAUUGGAGCUUCCGCCAGCAGCCCCAGCUACCAGUCUUCCUAUCAGGUGGGAAUCAAUCAACGUUUCCAUGCUGCUCGACACAAAUUCCAGUCCCAAGCUGAUCAAGAUCACCAGUCAAGUGGCCUCCAGAGUCCUCCAUCCAGAGAUCUGUCACCCACUCUGGUUGAUAAUUCUGCUGCAAAGCAACUUGCUCGCAAUACAGUCACUCAGGUUCUCUCCAGGUUCACCAGCCAGCAGGGUCCUAUCAAGCCAGUCUCUCCUAAUAGCUCACCCUUUGGCACAGACUACCGAAACCUGGCCAGUGCAAUGAGUCCCAAAAGUGAGUCUAGCCCAGGGAAAGUCUCUAGCCCAUUAAGUCCAUUGUCACCUGGAAUUAAAUCGCCAACCAUACCCAGAGCUGAAAGAGGGAACCCUCCACCAAUUCCUCCAAAGAAACCUGGCCUGGCUCCUUCUCCAGCCACUCCAACCCCACCAACUAAAACCUCUCAAGUUGCUUCUCUGGGUUCUCCUGUGGAGUUGGCAAGUAGCUGCUCAAGCAAUGCUGUUGUAACCAAUGGAAAAGAAGUAGAGAUCUUAUUGCCAACAAAUAGCUAGUCUCCAGAAGAAGUCACAUUCCAAGUGUUUGCCAUUCCUGGAGUUGAAACAUUGUCUUAUCCACUCCAUGUUAUUUAUUUGGUUAGUAACAGAAUCUGUUUGUAUAACACAUUUAGUGUACUUUUCCUUUGUGUUUUUUUUUAAUUAUUAUUACUAUGACUUGUAUACAAACCUUUAAACACUAGAGCCUCUAGGUGUCUCAUAGCAGCAGACAUACCAAGUAUAAAGAAGCAGUUGAUUUCCUGUGUUGGGAGCUGACCAGUGGACUAUGACAACAAAAACAGUCAUUUUUAAAUUAUGCAGAAAAACAUGCCAUGCAAACUUCCAUUCCAGACAGACAUUAUCUAAGAAGUGCCUGAGCUAAAUCCUGCAGAUAUGAAUGUGAUCCUUUGCAAACCAGAAGGAAUUGUCCAACUGCAGGAAACAGUUUUUCUGAAUCAUGAAUGUUGAAAUCAACACUGUUGAUCCUUUCCAGUAGUUCUGCUAACAAUAUGCUACAGAAAGGAAAUGUUCCAAAGGUGAUCGCUAGAUCGGUCAGUUGUUUCCCUGCUACAAACAAAGUCAGUUAAUGUAGCUGCAUUGUCAGAUGCACUUUGGCCCCAUUGCUGAGCUUUAUGCAGCCCAAACAUUUCCUUUUUUAAAAAAAAAAAAACUUUGGAAGCUUUAAACAAUCAGGGUGCCAUUUUUUCCAGUAAAGUAUCCAUUCUUUGAAUAUUUUCUUCCAGAAGAGGUAAAAUAGGUGAGAUUAAGUCUGGAAGUGUGGGUUGGGUUUCUAAUGAUCUUCACGCAUUCUACUGUUAUGUUCAGAACUUCUGAGAGCAGGAUCUUUGCUGUUAGCUGAUAAAGAUCUUAAUGUUACUUGAAAUGAUAAAUGUUAUUCAGUAUGAUACAGCUUUUUUUACAUUGGAAAUAUUGGAUCAAUUCUAGAUGAUCCCAAGCAAUAACAUAAUGUUGCUCGAUAUACAAUAAUAUUGUAUGUCAAACUAACAUAGGUUUUGAUGAUUAGGUUGUGUGUUUAUGGAAGACAGCUGUCCUCUUGGCAGCACUGUGAAAACCAAAUCAUUGACUUUUUGCCAUAGAGAUGUGCAUAUAUGUGUGUGUGUGUGUGUGUAAAGAGAAGGGGGCAUGCAUGUAUGUUAUGCACCCAGUAAAUCUAGUGUGGUUAUAUUACAGAGGUUCUUCAUAUUUCAUGAAGAAACUGAGGAAAUAAUACUUACAAAGAUGCUUCUUAAGCUUCAUCUACUUUACUUUUGAAAACCCUUUUCCAAGAAAAGAUAAGACUAUGGGGCCAAUAAAGGGCUAGAGCAUUUCCUUCUUAAUGAACUUCCUACACUCUGUAUUUGUUACAUCUUCUUGACAAAUGUUUGUAUACUGGCCCUCUCUGUAAACCAGCAGUUCUGUAUCCUGCUCAUGUCAGAAAGUUUGCUAGAUUGCUUUGCCCUAAAAUACUACAAGAAUGUGUGCUCAAUGUUAAGAAAAAAUUGUUGUAGACUGAGCUUGAGUAAAAAGUAUAUCAAUAUCUCCCAAAACAUAAUCUGUAUGAAUAGCAGACACAUACAUUGUCACAUUAUGUGUUUCUUGCCUUAGGGGCCAGAACAUCUGAAAUCAUGAACACUUGCUGCAUUAUCACACUGAGAUAAUGAAUUGGGGAUUAGAUACUGUAUUAGAUUAGAUGUGUCAUCCUCCUGGUGAUGUUGGGACCACAGCUUCGGUCAGGCCUAACUCUCAUACCUUCUUCUGGGAACUGCUGUACAGUAUCAUCCAGAAGGUCACAUAAUCCCCAUUCCCACAUUAGACCAAAGCUCUUGAGUACUUCAUAUUAAAAAAAGAAAAGUAUUGGUGCUGCUUCAAGAUACCUCUGUAUAUGAAGUAGCCAGUAGUCUCCUUCAUUUUGUAUGUAGAAUUGUUAGACUCAAGUAUUUUAGCAAGUGGCUAAUAUUUCUGAGACUGAUGGUUUCAAGCACACAAAUAUAUACUUAUUUAGUAUACUGUGUUUCCCUUUGGCCUUUAUAUUAACAAUACUUGAUCAUUAAUUACAGACAGAUAGGAAACAACUGUGAUAAGCACACCAACCAUUUAGUUGUGCAGUACAUCUUUUUUAGAAAGAGUUGCACAACUGAAAACUGGUUGAAUAAUUUCUUGUCAGUUCUGCUUCUAAUAUUAAAGGGAAAGUAUUGUAGCAGCCCUUAAAGUAUUCCCUUGGUGUUUACACUAAUUUGUAUCCUUUCUUUAUGAUAUAACUCUAUAGAGAUUUAUAUACAAUAAUGAAUUUUAUUAGGAAAUGCACUGAGUACUGUAUUCUGCAAUGGAUUGUGGGAAGGAAGAAUGCAAAAGGAGAUGUGUAUUUUUGCUAGUAGCCUAUCUUCUGAGAUUAAACUAAGCACAAUGCACAGGUGGUUCCAGCUAAUUCAGUAAGACUUCCAGGGUUAAUAUUUAAGUUUUGUGUAAACUAAUGUAUAUAGAAACAAAAUGUUUAACCUUCUUUGAAUCAUGUAUUGUUAGAGAGAUUUGCCACUGACUUAAAAGGAUUUUAAUGAAGUUCAAACUGCAUAAUCUAGUAUUAAUUUUCAUUAACAUUUGUAUAUUUGUAAAAUCAAAUGUAUGAAGCAGAAGUCUUUUUUAUCAUUUUUAUAGCUGGCAGCAUUAAACACGUUAAACGUUCAUACUAUCAAUAAAGGUUUUUAUUUUUAUGAUUUGAA